CUUUACACUUAUUAAUAUCAUUUAUACAUUAUUUCCAUUUCUAUACAAUACAAUAAAAUGCCUCCACAAUUUCCCCCAGCACUGGGUUACAGUACAAAUGCGUACGAAAGCACAUUUUCCCUGGACUUUGAAGCCCCAAAAAACAUUACGCUCCACGAUGCAGAAACAUUGUCGGCAAUUGGCUCGCCAUACAUGGACUACAGCAAAACAAGCAUUACCAACACUGACUACAGAGACACACCAGUAAUCAGCUCCUACAACAGCUUCCCAAGCCAUGACAAGGACAAGGUACUCCAACACGAGGUUAUCCAAGAACCCACACAGCUGCUCUCCGGGCUCAAACUAGCCCUGGCUAUCAUUAGCCUGGACAUCCUGAUUUUCAUUUCAGCACUGGACACAACAAUCGUGGCCACAGUAUACGUGCCCAUUGGUAACACAAUGAAUGCCUUGGACAAGUCCGAAUGGAUUAUCACCAGCUACCUUAUCACAGUAACGGCAUUCCAGCCGCUCUACGGCAAAAUCAGCGACAUCCUGGGCCGUGUCGAAACCAUUGUCGUUGCAAUUGUCAUUUUCCUCAUUGGCUCUAUUCUCUGCGCCGUCUCGAAAUCCAUGGAUAUGCUUAUUAUCAGUCGUGCCAUCCAGGGCAUCGGUGGCGCUGGCCUGAUGAGUCUUGCACUUAUUGUUAUUGCCGACAUUAUGAACGAGAGGCAGCGUGGCAAGUACGUUGGCGUGUUCAGUGGCACCUACGGCGUGGCAUCGGCUAUUGCUCCGAUUAUUGGCGGCAGCAUUGUGCAGAACACAAAAUGGCAGGUGGUAUUUUGGAUCAAUAUUCCGUUUUGCGUCAUUGCCCUGCCAUGGUUCCCAAGCACCUAUUGUUCCAUUAAUCUGUUUAAGGUCCGCAACGUCUUUUUUGCCUCUGCUGCCAGCCUGUUUUUUGGCUUUGCAAUUAAUGGCACUAUCAUGUUUAUUCCGCAAUGGGCACUCAUUGUCAAGCACGCCUCGGAGGUCACGGCCGGCGCCUACCUUAUUCCGUGCUGUGUCGGCAUGGUAAUAACAUCCGUUUUCAGCGGGAUCAUGGUAAACAGGACUGGCCGGUGCCGCGAAAUAAUCAUCAUCGGAGCUGGCACCCUGGUCAUUGGCAACAGUCUGCUCAUAAUCCUAGGCAGCGACGGUAAACUGGGAAAAAUCAUUGGCUUUCUGCUUAUCUCUGGGUUGGGUAUCGGCACUUGCAUCCAAACUAUUAGUCUCCUUGGCCAAGCAUCUGUUGAUGGCAAGGAUAUGGCAUCAACAACAACAACAUUUAUGUUUUUCCGGUCUCUGGGUAUGGUCCUGGCAGUUUCGGUUCUGAGCAAUGUCAUUCAAAACGUUUUGCACAAGGAUGUCGUUAAGUUUAUGACCAAGUUCCCGCAGUAUGCUGAGUUGGUUGGAAAAAUUAUGAAGGACCAGUCCCUUUUAUACUCGGAGGGUGUUCCGUCUUUGCUACAGGAGGCAAUUGUUCUGUCCUAUGCCAAAGCGCUGAAGGACGGGUUUAUUACUUUGGCAGUGUUUACGGGUAUUUUCUUUGUCUUGACAUUUGGAUUUAAGCAUAUAGAGCUUAAAACUGUUUUAAAAAGAACUAUUGAUGCAUAA